UUGAGCGGUACUGACUGUUGCAGUCUGUUGAAGAAAACGCUUUUUAAAUAAUAUUAAGAACAGUUUUUAAAUGUACUUUUUUAUUUGAGUUUUAAUGUAUUGAAACGGUGUGCGUGUGAUUUAGUAACUUUUGUUGAAAAAAAAAAUAAAACAAAUUUUUUAUUUACACAUAUUUAUUGUAAAGUAAAGUGCUGUGACCUUAAGCAAUAUUUCAAACAGCAGCGCACGCAAAUUUUUGAUAAAUGAGACUGCGACGUGUUUUUUUAUUAUUUGUUUAACCUUUAAAUACCAGCAAUUUUACAAAUAUUUUUUUAUGCGUAAAAACUUGUUUUACUCUUCGAAUGUGCAGUUUUUACUUCGGCGUUAAUUUUUGUUCUCAAGUGAAUGUUUUAUUUUUUCGAAAAAUUAUUAAUAAAACAGAAGACAAGCAUACAUAGAGCUACGUUACUGUUAGCUCAAGCUCUUUCAUCAAUAAGUAUCCAUAAUUUGCUGUUAUCUGUGCAGAGUUAACGGCAAAGCAACGUCACCAUGGUUAGCAGCGUCUUGAAAAUAUCAGAAAAAUCGCCGACGGAGUAUCCCAAAUCGGUCGCAUUCAUUAUCAGUAAUGAGUUCUGUGAGCGCUUCAAUUAUUAUGGAUUGCGAACAAUUCUCGUGCUAUACCUCACCACCAAACUGCACUACGACAAGGAUACGGCGACUGUGCUCUUUCAUGUCUUCUCCAUGUUGGUGUAUUUGUUUCCCUUGGUGGGUGCCAUUGUCGCCGACAGUUGGUUGGGUAAAUUCAGAACUAUUCUAUACUUGUCAAUGGUAUAUGCUUUGGGUGGCGUGAUUGUGUCGCUGGGCGCUGUACCGCUUUUGCACCUGCCCGUAAAAGAAAUCACCAUACUCGGACUUACAUUGAUUGCUCUCGGUACGGGUGGUAUUAAGCCAUGCGUUUCAGCCUUUGGCGGUGAUCAGUUCCGCAUGCCUGAGCAAGCCAAACAAUUGGCUACAUUUUUUUCAUUGUUCUACUUUGCCAUCAAUGCUGGAUCCAUGAUUUCUACCACACUUACGCCCAUAUUACGUGAGGAUGUGCACUGUUUUGGCGAUAAGAGUUGUUUUUCAUUGGCCUUCGGCGUGCCAGCUGUGCUGAUGUUGCUCUCGGUAGUGAUUUUCGUUGCUGGCCGUAGACUGUACGUGGUUAAGCCACCUGCUGGCAAUAUGAUUUUUGGUGUGUCAAAAUGCAUAUCCGACGCUAUAGGCGGUUGGCGGCGCGAGCGUAAGACGAAUCCACGCAAACAUUGGCUUGAUUAUGCGGAGCCAACUUCCGGACAAAAAAUGGUGGCUGAUACGAAGGUCUUACUGAAGAUUCUAACGUUAUUUUUGCCGUUCCCCGUAUUCUGGGCGCUCUUUGAUCAGCAAGGCUCACGUUGGACGUUCCAGGCGACGCGCAUGGAUGGCGAAACAUUCGGUUAUAUCAUUAAACCAGAUCAGAUGCAGGUGGUCAAUCCAUUGCUUAUACUUGGCAUGAUUCCUCUGUUCACCUAUGUGCUUUACCCGAUUUUGGCAAAACUUGGUAUUAAACGUCCAUUGCAAAAGCUCACUCUUGGUGGUCUACUAGCCGCAAUUGCUUUUGUGCUUUCUGCCUUCCUCGAAGUCAAACUAAACGAAGUUGAUCCAUUGCCGCCAGCGGCAUUUGGAAGCCAUCUACGCAUCUAUAAUGGCAUGCCUUGUGCUUACCGUUUUGCUUCGGGGCUACCGAAUCGACCGAGUGUUAUUGAACCGCUUGGCUUGUGGGAGGAUAAGACGCUGUCUGUGCCGAAACCACAGGCUUAUCCAUUCAACGCGACUUCAGCGAGCGAUCGUUGCAAAAACUUCUCGGGCACCUUCCGACUGGCACCUGGUAAGGAGACGAGUUACUUCAUUUCUAACGAAGGUGUACAGGAGUUCUUAGACUCAGCGGCCAAACCAAAGCUAGGUAAUCCAAUGGUACGCAUACUGUUAAAUGUGCCCGCCAAGGAGAGUGCAAUCACUUUAACUGAUGCCGUAGAAACGGCGGUGCCUCUGGUCUUUAGCAAUGCCACGCAAGUGGUGAAUGUGGUACAUGGCGAAAGCGAAUUGCAGGUGGCGAAUAAGAAAAUCGCAAGCAUAGAUACGAAGAGUGGCGGCGUAUAUGCGCUGCUGGUGCACGGCAAUGCUAAAGAUGGCUUUACUUCAAAAUCACAUGUCAUUACGCCGCCCAAUAGCAUUCAUAUCAUGUGGCAACUGCCGCAGAUCAUUGUCAUCACAGCUGCCGAAAUCAUGUUCUCUGUGACGGGCUUGGAAUUUUCAUACACACAGGCACCACCGAGUAUGACGUCCGUUCUACAAGCCUGCUGGCUACUGUCCGUCUCCAUCGGCAACAUGUUGGUAGUAGUCAUCGCUGAAUUGAAAUUCUUCGAAUCGCAGGCUGCCGAAUUCGCACUUUUUGCCGCUCUUAUGGUUGUGGACAUGUUCAUUUUCAUUUUACUCACUAUUCCAUACAAAUAUGUCGAACAUGGCGAAGAUCCUGAGGCAAAUCAAGUAGUGGUUACACCAAAUAUCUCCAAGCAAAGAGAAGCUGAGAGGGAAACGUACACUGCUAAUAGAGGAAAUGGGCAUUUCAAUGAUGCAUAUGAGGGCGAGCGUUAAAUCCAUAGACUGCAGCUACCUUUGUACUAUAUCUGUUUAUAUAAAAAUUUGUUAUUUAUAGCAUACGGCAAUUUUGAAGCCGCUUACAAAUAUCCGCAUAGUAUUGCCUAGCCAAGCAGCAGUAGAAACGCUGUAAAGUACUUAAGUAGGUUGUGGUUCGUUUAGCUCAUUUCCACUUUAUAGAAUAUAUUAUAUUUAAAUUUUGUAUUAUUUUUGUACAUUUUCUGCAUUUGUUUGUGGUUGCCAUUUUGCUCGCAUGUAAAUAUCGAUUUUUCUGUUAUUUUGUGUGAUACGUAUUUUACCAUUUAUUUGUUAAAUCUCGUAUUUUAUACAUAUAUCCGGGCAUACACUAAUUUUUUACAAUAAGUAAAUUUAUCUAUUAGAAUAUUGCAGCCAUGCGUUCCGUUACACUUUUAUGAUUGUGUGCAUUUAUAAAUAAUUAAGUUUUUAUGCUUAUAAAAUACAUCAAUUUUCACAUAUAAUUAUUUUGGCUGCAUGUUACGGUUUAAGUAGUUAAAUACUUUUUUAUUAAUUUAUUUAUUUGAUAAUAAUAAAUGAUGUAAGUUUAUAAUAAAUAAAGACAUUGUUUUUUUACCUCGAUUCAA